UCUCCUCCUCUGUCCCAGUAUCCCUCUCUCCUCCUCUGUCCCAGUAUCCCUCUCUCCUCCUCUAUCCCAGUAUCCCUCACUCAUCCUCUGUUGCGUUCUUCCUCUCCUCCUCUGUCCCAGCCUGUCCAUCCCUGUGUGCGGAGAUGUCGUCCCUACUGAGGAAGGAGAUGCAGAGGAUGUUGUUUAGACCUGAAGGACAGAAGCUGCAGAAGUUUAUAGAGAUACAUGAAGCAACGUCGGGAAGACAUUUUCUCUGUGUCUACGUGACCAAGACCAAAGAGGUGCAGCUGUGUGUGGUGAGAUCUCAGAAAUCAAACAAGUUGCUGAAUUCUCACAAAUCCGGAUCAAAAAAGAAGCUCAAAUCUCAGUUUUGCCUGAGUUCCUGCUUGGAGGACUCCUACCAGAGGACAGAAGUCUGGCUCCUCCAGGACCUCACCCUGCUGGACGGGCGGGAUCCCGACGUGGACGACCCGUGUUUCCUGAUGCACUUCUCCACUGUGAGGUCGGUGACGGCCUUCAGCUGCGGCGCCAAGUACAGCAUGGCGCGGGCCCUGGUUGCCCUGAGCGACAAGCACUGCGGGCGACCUUUGACUCUGGUGAACUAUGACCUGGCUUACAUCGGCCCGUCGUCUAUAUAUUUGAACAGAGGAGACUGUGUGGUGCUGAUGCAGAUCUGUUUCUACGCUGCUAACCUGGUGUGUCUGUCCUUGUGCCCCGUACCUCUGGACUGAGAGAGAUGUUUGUAUUUAUUAUGGAUCCUCAAGGCAGCAGUUACUCCUCCUGGGGUCCGGCAAAAUGAAGACAGUUAUACCAUUUUAGAGAGAGAGAGAUUGAGUGUGUUUUUUUGAACCAUUAUUUAACUAGGAAAGUCAAUUAAGAACAAAUUCUUAUUUUCAAUGACGGUCUAGGAACAGUGGGUUUAACUGCCUUGUUCAGGGGCAGAAUGACAGAUUUGUACUUUGUCAGCUACAGGGAUUCAAUUGUGCAACCUUUCGGGUUACUAGUCCAACACUCUAACCACUAGGCUACCCUGCCACCUCUACACUCUAACCACUAGGCUACCCUGCCGCCUCUACACUCUAACCACUAGGCUACCUGCCACCUCUACACUCUAACCACUAGGCUACCCUGCCACCUCUACACUCUAACCACUAG